AUGCUCCAAGGGAUUGAUCCAUCGCUGUUCCCAGUGCUUAAAACGAGAAAGGCACUCAUAAUAAUCGAUGCACAAAACGACUUUAUUUCUACCGAAGGUGCACUCCAUGUGGCUGUACCUCAGGGCCUGACUGAAAGGCUUAUCCGAGUUGUCAAGGGCUUCCGGUCUUAUGGCGACAUAGUCUGGAUCCGGAGCCAGUACAGCCAGCCGCGGCCCCCGAAAAACGAGCAAAUCAUCACCUCAGAUCCAUCAGUUGCAGCCACACGUCGUCCUUCUGGGCCUAGAGGCCGGAGGCCAGCAAGCGGCGACGACCAACCUCCAUCAAGAUGCCCCGAAGCUUUUCUCUCCGGGCCCGCGCCUGGACGCCCAGAAUGCGUGCGAGAACAAACCGUUGGUGCGCAGUUUCCUGCUGAAAUCCAGCAGCUCAUUGAAAAGAAGGACAUGUCGUUUGUCAAGACUUAUUACUCGGCCUUUCAAAUUCCUGACCUGAUACAACGGUUGAGGAUGAAAUUUGUGAGCGAGGUCUUUGUCUGUGGCUCUCUGACGAAUAUUGGCAUCAUGGCAACAGCCAUUGAUGCUGGUAGCCAUGGGUUGGACAUUGGCAUUGUCGAGGACUGCUGCAGCUAUCGCGACAAAGACCGACACACUGCGGCUUUGAACCGCAUUCAAAAAAUGACGGGUUGCGAGAUCUUGUCCACAGACCAAAUUCUGGAUCGCUUGAAACCCAAGCCCAAGGUUCCACGGAUGGCAGCUCCUAUACCCAACCCCACGGGAAGGCGAUAUCCAGUGGUUUAUGAGGGCUCGUCCGCCACAAAUACCGAAGAUGCAAGGCCGAAGCCGUCUUCAUCAGCAGCAUCAGUGUCAAAGCCCAGUGAUCUUGCAUCGUCCAUGACCAAAUUAUCACUAGCUGAUAACCAGGAUGAUCGCCUCCCGCCCAUCACAUUUAGCCGCGCCCGGACUGCCAUUCGUGGAAAUCCAUCACGCCCUUUGCCUGACAUUGGAAAGCGCCUCAAUGAGCAAUUCAAUAUGCUAGGCAGCAUGAACGCUUCUCCAAAUGAUGAUUUGAAUGCCAAUUCUGGCGAUGAGUCACCGAAUGAGGGGCCAACAAAGGCGGCUGAUACUGCUCAGCCUCAACGUAGUGCACGAGCUGGAACACUAGAGAAGCCGGUCGAAAAGACACGAGGCAAUCUUGAAUCAGUUACACCAAGCAAAGAAAACGCUACAACAUUGCCUUUAAGCGACCAACCGCCAAGUAACAAUGAAAGCGAUUGUCCAACUCCCGUUGCUGCUUUACCUCAAACGAAUACAACAGUCAUAAAAGGGGCGAGCGAAGGUGCAAAGGUAACACAGAAACAGGCGGAACCCAUCCAUUCGACCGAAGAAUAUCAACGAAACGAAGCUUUUGACAUGGAACCAAUCGAUACAAACACUACUACCAGUGAACCUUUGUGUGAAGGUGACACUAGGGUACUCUAUAAUGUUCUGCCUCAACCACUUGCCGAGGAUGUCUUUGACAAGGUUCGCGAAGAGGUGGACUGGCAGCGAAUGUCUCACCAGGGUGGUGAGGUGCCUCGACUGGUAGCCGUUCAGGGCGAGGUGGAUGCAGAAGGCAAUAUUCCAGUAUAUCGGCACCCAGCAGACGAAUCGCCUCCACUGAGAUUAUGGACCGCAACUGUCAAGAAGAUCCGAGACGAGGUCGAGAAAAAGGUUGGACACCCGCUCAACCAUGCUCUCAUCCAAUUCUAUCGAGACGGCAAUGACUACAUUUCGGAGCACAGCGAUAAGACUUUGGAUAUCGUCAGAGGUAGCUAUAUUGUCAAUGUGAGCCUUGGUGCCGAGCGCACCAUGGUCCUGAGGACCAAGAGACAGCCAAAGGAGCAAGAUGGCGCACAGUCCCGGACAUCGCCGGAUGGUUCCAAGCGCGAGGUUCAGCGAGCUCGCUUGCCGCACAAUUCAAUGUGCAAAAUGGGCUUGCAGACGAAUAUGCGCUGGCUCCACGCCAUUCGCCAGGAUAAGCGCCUCGACCGAGACAAGACGGCGGACGAACUCGCGUACAAUGGGGCCCGCAUCUCCUUGACGUUCAGGCAGAUAGGAACUUUCCUGGACCAAAACCAAAAGAAGAUCUGGGGUCAAGGAGCCAAGACCAAAAGCAAAGCCGAGGCACAUGCUGUCGUCAAUGGGCAGUCGUCUGAGGCAAUCGAAAUGAUCAAGGCUUUUGGCAAGGAGAACCAGUCCACCGACUUUGACUGGCAGGCUCAUUACGGACCAGGUUUUGAUGUGCUGCACAUUUCUGCGGCGCCAAGAUUAUUCACCAGCAGCGAUCCAGUCGCCAACAUGCGUGUACAGCUCAUGCUGGCCGAGCUAGGCAUUGACCAUGCCAAGGGAAGCUCUGCGCCCGUGUCCACCGACCGCGGUGCUCUUCAAGAGCGGAGCGGCACGGCAGAUAUUCCCGUCAAGUUUGUGGACAACGACGAAGAAAAGUCUACGGUACAAGGCGAUGUAGCGAUCAUGAUGUACCUGGAUCGAUUCUAUAACCAGCCUGACGAGAACAAGGCGCCCUUGAGAGCUGACGUCGCCCGCACCCUGACGAGGUUCAAUGAGGCUCUCAACAUUGGUGAGAGACGGCUCACGGCGGAACAUGCGGAUCUGAAGCGAUGGCUGGAGCCUUGGGAGGUGUACGCAGGCGAAGCCGACUUUAUCGCUGGCGCCUCCAUCGGUAUGGCCGACUUUGCCUUUUGGCCGGUGCUGUACGACAUUGUGGAAGGCCACUGGGACCUAUCCUACCGCAACCUCAAGUCAUAUUUCGAACGCAUCAGGAGCAGGGAAACUGUGAUCAAGAUCUAUGGUAAAGAUAAAGAGGGCCAGAAUACCUUGAACACUAAGCCAGACUCUGGGAAUUAG